AUGCGCUUCGUUUUGCUGUUCCUCCUUAUCGAUACCGCAUGUGCUGGCUAUGCUCCAUCUCAGAAUUCCGGCUAUGAAAUGGCUGAGGUGCUUCAGCCUGGUCCACCAGUCCCACCCAGUGCCCAGGGUGGAGACCAGCAAGCGUACAACACCGAUGUUGGAGCUGGAGUUGGCAAACCCCGCCUGAAUGGACGCGCAUCAGCCGCUGGAACAACCAUUGGCAGCUAUGGAAUAAUGCAGUACAUCUCACUCAACGGACUCGGUCCCGGAUUUGUUCCUAAGACCCCGGGUAGUAAUGGGAACGGAUUCCUCUCAGGUGGUACAGGCAGUAAUGGUGGCAAUGGAAACGGAAUACCUGUGCUCGGCAACUAUAACGCCGCGGCAGAAACUGGUACUGGAUAUAAGAAUCGUCGACGCCUUUUGUACCGGCUACAUCGUGUUCAACAUUAG